CCCUUCUCCCUAUACUCUCGUACCGUGACUUCCCAUGGAAAAGGAGAGGCGUACGUGUCUCCCUUGACGCCGCGCAGCUCCCUUGUUUUAUUCUCACGGGUGCCCGCGAUUCUGUUGUCAUCAUCAACAGCCCCUUUCUACCAUCAGCCUACCUCGGCGUGGCGGGCAGGCGCGGGUCUUCUUGACGGCCGGGAGCGACGAACGCGACCAUGUCGCAGAGAUUCGGCGCCUCGUCGCUGCACCAGCGCGACUCGCGCAGCGCCCUGUUCGAGGGCUACACCGGCGGCGACCCGUCGACGACGCGGCGAACUACCACGGCGGCAGCAGGCGCGAGCCCCGCGGCCAACGGCUACGGAUACGGCUACGGAUACGGGGGAUACCCUGGCGGCGGUAGCGGCGGCGGCGCGGACGGCGGCAGCAGUAGCAGGCCCGGCAGCGGCUUCAGGCCGGCGACGCCGAACCGCAGGGGCCAGUACAGCGAUGCGGUGCUCAACGAGCUGGAGAGCCAGAACGACGCGCAGGUGGCGGGCAUCCUGGGCAAGGUGAAGACGCUCAAGAACAUGACGGUGGCCAUUGGCGACGAAAUCCGCGAAUCGUCGGCGCUCGCAGAGAAGAUGAACAACUCGUUCGACUCGACGCGCGUGCGCCUGCGCGGGACCAUGAACCGCAUGCUCAUCAUGGCGGAACGCACGGGCGUCGGCUGGAAGGUCUGGCUGCUCUUCUUCGCGGCCGUCGCCCUGCUCUUCUUUUACGUCUGGCUGUUCUGAGCUGUGGAGCCCGGGCUGUUGCUGGUGACCGCGGCCAUAGUUGGGCACCUUGGGC